GUGACUCGUGAGAGGCGAGACAUGGUCCAGCCAGACCAAGUCAGCUGUGUCUGUGAACCCCGGUUUCGCUCCCCUGCGUCGACCCCGGCCGGAGCGCGCGCAGAGCGGCAGAGGAGACAGCGGAAGCCCGAGCAACGCCGGCGUCCGCCCCUCCCAUUAGUGCCGCCCGGCCACGCCACGCCCCCAUCCUGCUACCUGCUGGCCCGCGUCGCCACCCCUCCCGCCAGAUUCUCCUGCUGCAUCUCCUCCCUCGGCGCCGCCUGCUAUCCAUUCGCCUCGGCAGAUCCGGCCCGGCGCGCGACUGCUCACCGAUUUGUUCCCGGCGGCACCUCAAAGGCUGCCUCCCGGGAUCGGUUACUCGCGUGGCUCGCACGACACCCGCGGAUCUUGAUUUGGUACCAAACAGCAUCAUACCUGCAUCUUCUCGAGCCCAAGCUUUGGAUCUGGGCUUCUUCUCAGUUCACCGAAGGACAGCUUGAUGCGCUGCCCGCGUGAUACCGAGAGGCCGAGUUCUUGAGCGCGAUGAGCAGCAGCCAGGGAUUCGGUCCGGGGAGCCCCAAGUCCUUCCGCUACCCCAGAGGCGUCGACUUCGACCUCGAGUCCGGGGUCUCCCGCAAGGGCCGCAAGCCCAAGAACCCGCACCUCGAGGCCUCGAUCGUGAUGAGGAUCCGCUACUUCUACGAGGCGCACCCCGUGGCCGUCGCCCUCAUCUUGCUGUCCUUCGGCCUCAGCGUCCUGAUCCUCCUCUCCGUGUACGAGACCCGGUUCAGGACGAUGAGGAGCGGCGGCGCGUGGUCGAGUGAGGUUGGGGAGUAUCCGUUCCCGAACCUCCGGAACCUCGUCAUGGUGGCCGGGCAUUCGAUUUACACGAGCGCCAGCUGCGGGAAGACUGACCGUGAGGAUUCCUGGUUUUUGGAGCCGUACCAGAAGCACCCUGGUCAGGCGGCCACGUUCUUGGCGCAUAUCAAGGAGGGCGUGGACAUUGCUGCGAGGGACGAGGGCGCGCUGCUGUUGUUCAGCGGUGGCGAGACGAGGAAGGAUGCCGGGCCGAGGAGUGAGGCGCAGAGCUAUUGGGCGAUUGCGGAGUCCAAAGGCUGGUUUGGGAAUGAUGAGAGUGUAAGGAGCCGGGCACUCACUGAGGAGCAUGCCCGAGAUAGUUUUGAAAACCUCCUGUUUAGUGUCUGCCGUUUCAGAGAACUCACUGGAAGAUACCCACAAAACAUAACUGUCGUAAGCUAUGAUUUCAAGGAGGAACGGUUUGCGCAAUUGCACAGAACAGCGCUUGGAUUCCCAGAAGGAAGAUUUUUCUUCACAGGUACCCCAGCAACGCCUGCUGCAAGGGAGGCUGCUCUGAAAGGUGAAGCCGCUGUGAGGGCUCAGUUCCUGGAAGAUCCCUAUGGAUGCCUAGGCUCUCUCCACGUGAAGAGGCUCAAGAGGGACCCAUUUCACCGGACCAUCCCAUACCCUGAUGGCUGCCCGGAGUUGAAGGGUCUGUUCUCCUAUUGCGGCCCGGUGCCUUUCUCCGGGCACCUCCCAUGGACUGAAUAGUUGCAUGAAUCUUUUUGGAUCAGACUCCUGCCACCGCACAAUUCCAACAUUCUUCACCCUGUUACGAACUGAACUGAUGUCUGACGGGGAAGAGAAGAUUUUACACUAGUGAGAAUUGUUUUCGCAAAAUAGAAGCAUGAAACAUGAUCAAUAUAUAGAUUUUUUUCCUCUUUUUUUCUUCUUCCUUUCCUGCCUGUGCUCCCCUUCCCCUCCCCUGGUGACUUGAGGCACCACUGAAACUUUGAAAGUGUUUGCACACGUGUUAUGUAGAAAGAACUCUCCUUGCAGCCGAACCUGCGCCUGUGAUGUGAUAACCUGGAUAUCCUAUGAACAGUCGUACUAAUUGAUUGAUGUCCUGCUGUUUUUGCGCUA